GGGCCAUGCUAAUCUUCUCUUCUGUGUGUCGUUCAAACUUUAACGGAUGUUCCAAAGGACUCGACGGAGGGAAAAUUCUGCACAUGGAGCAAUCGACUGCCAAUCAGGCAAUCCUAAGUCAACAAUGACGAUUGGUGGAAAGUUGACUACCAACGAUUGCAACGCGGCGCUUGGGCCUGCUGGAACUACUGGUGUCAUCAGUGAACAGGGAACAGUAAAAUGGGGUCCCUUGGUGUGGUUUCCGGGCCAACAAAGCAAGAUUCUCCCCUCCCAACAGACAGUGCACAGGUUGUACAACCACAUACUCCAGGGGCUUUAUCAAGGUCCCCAUCUCAGUACAGCUUCAGGAGUAGUCGGUCAUCGCAUACGAAGGAUAAUGCCGAAGCGGAGGAUGGGCGCAACAACACUGAAAAUGCCCCUAAGGCAACAGUGCCGGAGCAGCCAAUCAACAGCUUGGGGAGGCUAUGGGCGCGGAAUCCUUUCCAAAUGCCCUCUGAUGAGGAGAUCUUCAAAAUGCGGAUGGAGGAGAAAAGGCUGCACAAGGAAAGGCGAGAGGAAGUGAAGCGCAUAAGCGUCGAGGACAGAACAACUUUCACCUCUCGCAUGCAUAUGACCAUCGCUCCAGAAUCUAUCCUUCAGCUUAUGGGCGACCGCAGGGGGCAAUUUGACCCCCUGCCACCAACCAGCCUCACUGUGUCAGGAAUUCCGUAUGAACAUCGAAUCAGGGAGAAGGAAAGCAUGGCAGAGUUCAUUGAGAAGAAGAGGGAGAUCUUUCUCGUUCAAAUGAACCUGGACACGAAACGUGCCGAAAUCACCAAGCUGGAGGAGAGAGCUACACAAAGAGAUGAGGCCCUGCAAAAGAGUGAGGCUAUGCUAGAGGAGGAUGCCUUACGAUUUGAUGCAUUUUUGAAGGAGAAUGAUGAGAAGGUCCAAGAGGCGAUCAGGAAGGCAGAGCAUGAGACAAAGGCCAAACAGGAUAAGGUGGCAGAGAUAAAGAGGCUUACUGUUGCCAUCGCUGCAAUAAGGAGUGACCUCAACAAGUACGAGGAACAAUUAGAGGAUUGCCGGAAGUACAAAGAUUUCUUAGAUAAGUUGACCCCUGGACAGUGGUUCAAAGACCAGGAGGAUCUGCACAAUGCACGCAUAGAAGCAGUGAGAGCGAGGCUACGGGCAAAUGCUGAGGCUGCGCGACUGGCAUUAGCGGAAGCCGAUGCGGCAAAUCAAGCUGACGGAACGUGGCCAGCACACGGAGCGGUGCAGCUGUCAUCAUCGAAGACCUGGGGUCAGGGGCCUGCAGGAGGGACCCCUGGGAAGAAGUCAAUCGGGGGUGCAACCCUCCCGCCACUUCCACAACCCCCGGGACAGAGGGGUCAAGCUCAGAUCGGAAAUCAGUCAGGAAACCAGGCAGCAGGAGGAGGAGGAGGGGUACAGGUGGUGGGACAGCGCCCGAGUCAACCAGGGGGGCCAACUCAAGCAGCGGCUCCGAUAGGAGGGGGAGGGGGAGGCGGAGCGGUGCAAGCAACAGGACAACGACAGAGUCAACCAGCGGGUCAAAGUCAGCCAGCGGGAGUGCCCGCUGGACAGCGGCCGAACCAACCAGGAGCACAACAACAGCAGAGCCAACAACAGCAACAGGGUAGUGGGGGGCAGGGAACGGGUGAAGGGAUGACCAACACCGAGGGUGGCAAUGCUCCCAAUGUGGAAGGCUCCACACUGGAGGGGGGGGAUGACAUGGACGAAGUACUUAGAAUUGUUGCAGAGGAAGAAGAGGCAGCAGGAGGCACGCCGAUGCAUUUUCAGAAGCCGAGUCAGCUCCUGGAGAUCUUCUCACAGCUCGAGGAGCAAAACUUGUUUCUCAUUCAAAACUCCCAAGAGACAGAAGAAGCUUUAGAGGAGCUCAAGUCCAAGUUCAAAGACAUAAAGACGAAGAUGGAGGCGGAAUGUAAGACCUUACAAACUCAGGUUGAGACCUGGGAAAAUGCUGUGAGGAUGGAGGAGGAGAAAUGCAAAAUCUUGAAGGAUAAAGCAAGCAUGAACGCUGGCUACGGUGAACAUGCAACGCCACUGGAGGAGCUUGCCGUGAAGGUUACAGACGUGUACUUGCGCUGUGGGUUUGACAACGACGCCAGCGUCGGGCCCCUGCAGAUGCUCACAAACAUCGAGGCAAGGCUGGAAGAAUACCUGGCCAUUGUGGACACAAUGCCCUCUGAUUUUGUGGAGCAGAUGGAAAAAGCUAGGGAGAAGGAGAGGAGGCAUCGUGUACGCGAGGAGAAACUCGAAGCCCUGAGGCGAGAACAGGAGAGGCGCCUUCAGCGAAGUCUGGAGAGGGCCCAAGCUCCAGUGCAUAAGAAAACUGGGAAGACUAUUAUGUUCCGCUCACAACCAUUGCACAAGAAAAAGAAGGAUGAUGGAAGUGCGCAGAAGAAAACGGAUGACGAAGAGGAGUUAGCACAGUUUCUUGCACGCGAAGUAUAGAUAUAUACAUGAAUGUGUCUUUUGUCACGAGUCACAACAGGUUGAACUGCAUGGGUGAUUUAUCCGUGUCCUAGGUGAGAGUCGGUAGAGAUCCUAGUAGGCGGAAGAAAAGGCUGUGUUGACAUAUGGUUCCAGCUUCCAAGCAAUGAAUCCCUUGCCCAAGG